CAUAUGGUUUGUGCAGUUCACUUUAUUUGUGAAUUGUGGCUAACUGCGCAUGCUGAUUAUUCAGUAGUAGAUAUUUUCAACUGUGAACGACAAUGACUAAAUGAUUAUAAAUUCCAAUUCCCACUUGGAGGAUUUAGGAAGACUGCCUAUGUACCGUAACCCGGAAGCUUGCACUGACAUAAGUAAUUCGUUUUAGGAACAACAUGCAGUCCAAGUGGACAGUAGUACUGCAACAGUUGAUUGCAGUGUUUCUCGUCAACGUUCAUGGUCGACUGAACAUGUCCUCGCAGCCUUUCUAUACGCUUCCAUAUCAAGGCAUUCGAAUUGCAAUCUACAGAGAGGUUAGCGCUGCACGACACAGUCCACUACUACGCUCCAGUUUGUACCCUGCUGCCCACCUCGACAACGGUUCACCUGGACAGUAAUUCAUCGCCGUAUUCAGUUAUCUUCAAGGUAAAGCUCUGGGACACUGAUGUGGAAAGCCACGUACGAGAUUUUGUGUUGCGAAAAACCGGCAACAUGUCCGUGGAGGUUCUUCCUGUCCCAUUCGGCUACGUCCGUUUCCAGUUAUUGGGUCAUCAUAAAUUCCGUUUAGCAGAGCAGUGGAUACCGCUAAGCACACAUCCAGCAAUUGCAUCCGGCAGAAUUCGUUGCACAUCGGAGAAGCAGUGCACUCGCAUUGCUCGGCAAAUUAAACACGACGAACAUUUUGCUUCCGAUCUGAUGAUGCAUUUUUCAACACGCAACAGCAUUUCUUACCGCAAAACAGUAGUAGACGUCACAUUUAACCAUAUCUUGCUUACCCCUACCUUCACAACUAUCGAAUCUCGUGACGGAAAUCGUAAUUCUGUCUGCAUGAAAUUUGAGGAUUUUACCGAUCUGGGUUAUGACUUAAUGGAUGUUGUUUUUGAGAGCGAAUUAAAUGCCGACGAAUUCCUGGAAGAGGAUCAGGUGCAGAAAGGUCAUGCCCGCAUUUCCGGAUUAUUACGGCCCAAAGUCACUUCAACCGCGCAUUUAGCUGAUGGUUGGAACGAGGUCUUCUGGCGUGUGGAAAAUGAGCGACCGGAUCGCAAGGCGGCUACUUUUACCGAAUUAUUUUCCAACAACCGGAAAUGGUUGCAGCUGCUGAUGAGCGGCAGUCUGACGGAUGGCAACAGCAGCUUCACUUUUCCUACUUCCUAUGAAACACAAGCUUUCAUCGCUGUGAUGAAAGACAUCCGCGAAUCAGAAGAUGUUAUUAAGUGGAAUGGAGAAGCCUUCAUUGUUAAACCGAUGGCUGUGCACUGCAUAAAUAUAACCGCUUUGCGUAGCAGGGAGGCCAUCGGAAAGGUCACGGUGCGAAUUAGCAACAGCCAUGCUGACUACAGUGCUUUAACGAAUUUGAACGCCGCCUCUGCAGAAGCCCCUCGUGUACAGGUAACCAGCAGCGAAAGUGCGGAAGAUCUGGCUGCUGCCAAUUUUACCGUGCUGCAACAACAAAUGGAAAGUUUAGCAAUGGAUGCGCACAGAAAUUGGAGCUCAGUUGUGCAGAAGUUCAACGCUCUGAGUACGACGUGUAGCGGCAUUGUUAACAUCAGCGUAUUCAAUACCGUGACCAGUCGGUUCCUGUCGGAUUUCAAUACUCUUGCGGAAAAAGUGUCGGUUUUAAAAAAUAAUGUAACCGAACAAGUUCACAAUCUGUUACGGAGAGAUACUGAGUUGGAAUUAAAAAUUACUACAGCCCUAGGUGCGGAUUCGACAGUUGCCGAAACAACUAACAAGAUCAGCAUGCUGCGCAGUGACCUGCAGGUCGUCAAAGAAGAUCUGGUGAGCUUGAAAGCAAACGAUGCGACUUUGGCACUGCAAAUUCAACAGCUCAACAUCCUUCCGAUUGGGACGAUUGUCGCAUUUCCAACUGGCCACGUUUUACCAUCGUGUUGGUUAAAGUGCGACGGACAGUAUUUCAGUUCUCUUUCGUAUCCGCAGCUGGCUCGGAUAUUCUCUGAUCAGCGACUUCCAAACCUUGCAGGAAAAUUCCUUCUGGGUCCUGAUACAUCGGAAUAUCCACUCGGCAGUACGGGCGGGGAAAAACAGCAUUCACUGACACAAGCGGAGAUGCCAAAGCAUAUCCAUGGAGUUGAAUGUGAUGGUUUCUUUCUCACGUUCAAUAAAAAACACCCAAAAAUAUAUUACGAUAUUAAUAAUGCAGACUGGGAAUCAACCAACCAAACCGGAAACUAUAUUGGAUGGAGCCAUACGACGGCUGCCGGAGGCAGCCAGCCUCACAAUAAUAUGCCGCCAUAUUAUUCCGUUCUAUACUACAUCCGUGCAUGCUGAACAUACCUCAUUCAGUACUCCGCGAAAAAUUGUGCACUGUUGCAAAACAGUGUCCUGUCCCCAACCAAUUUUUUUUAGUUUUUAUUCGAACGAAUUUUUAAUUCCUUAUUCUAAUAAGUUUUUAAUUCAUCCUUUCGCAUUGUUGGAAAUUCUUCUUCUGUGGUCUUCCUAGAUUAUACAAUGGCAGUAAUACUCAACAAAUACAAGCGUCCAAAGUAGUUGACUCACGCAAUGCCCAAAAACCGCUCAUAAUAAUUAUGUUCUAUGUCUGCUGCUCUGUAUAUUAAUUUGAAACAACCCGAAAACUGAAGCAGCGUUUUAAAGUUUUAUAAGGUGUUUCAACUUGAAGUCCAGCCAAAUCUUUCAUUUUCCGUUUUCCGACUUCUCUUGACGUAUAAUUACCACUGUUCACAAUAAUGUCCAUUCUCAUUCUUCUCAUAACGUUCACCUCAGGCACUCAUGACCCAGCUUCUGUGGACAAAAAAACUUCUUGUCCAGGU